AUGUCUGUCUGCAUCGUGCCUGGCUGCACUGUGCCUGGCUGCAGCGUGUCUGUCUGCAUCGUGCCUGUCUGCAUCGUGCCUGGCUGCAGCGUGCCUGGCUGCAGCGUGUCUGUCUGCAUCGUGCCUGGCUGCAGCGUGUCUGUCUGCAUCGUGUCUGUCUGCAUCGUGCCUGGCUGCAUCGUGCCUGGCUGCAGCGUGCCUGGCUGCAGCGUGCCUGGCUGCAGCGUGUCUGUCUGCAGCGUGCCUGGCUGCAGCGUGCCUGGCUAUAGCGUGCCUGGCUGCACUGUGUCUGGCUGCAGCGUGCCUGGCUGCAGCGUGUCUGUCUGCAGCGUGCCUGGCUGCAGCGUGCCUGGCUAUAGCGUGCCUGGCUGCACUGUGUCUGGCUGCAGCGUGCCUGGCUGCAGCGUGCCUGGCUGCACUGUGCCUGGCUGCAGCGUGCCUGGCUGCAGCGUGCCUGGCUGCAGCAUGCCACAGUGUUGA